CCUCCACCCCCACCCCCAUCCCCGCCCCUCCCUAUCUCCUCCUCGACGAAGUAACUUCCCUCGCUGCCGCCGCCGCAGACGACGACGACGACGACGACGACGUGUAGCUGCACCGACCUCCUCAAGUGGAUAGGUUAAUGGCUGGCACUUUGGUUGAAGACUAUACAGGGGAUGGUAGAUCCUCGUCGACCGAGGACUUGCCAAGUGAUCAACAAAGCCAUUCUGGGGAAUCUUUAGCUGAGUGGAGGUCAAGCGAGCAAGUGGAGAAUGGAACACCAUCCACUUCACCAGCUUACUCGGACACUGAAGAUGAUGAUUGUGGGCCAAGGCCUCCUGAACUUUAUGGAAAGUUUACAUGGAGGAUUGAUAAUUUUUCGCAAAUCAACAAGAGGGAGCUACGGAGUAACUCCUUUGAUGUUGGCGGUUAUAAAUGGUACAUUUUGAUUUAUCCACAAGGAUGCGAUGUUUGCAAUCACUUGUCACUCUUUCUUUGUGUUGCGAACCAUGAUAAACUGCUCCCAGGAUGGAGUCACUUCGCUCAGUUUACAAUAGCUGUAAUUAAUAGAGAUCCUAAGAAAUCCAAGUAUUCUGAUACGCUGCACCGGUUUUGGAAGAAAGAGCAUGAUUGGGGAUGGAAAAAAUUUAUGGAGCUAUCAAAAUUACAUGAUGGCUUUGUCAUUGAGGAUGUUCUUACCAUUAAAGCUCAAGUUCAAGUUAUUAGGGAGAAGGCAGACCGCCCAUUUCGUUGCCUUGAUGGCCAGUACCGAAGGGAGCUAGUUAGGGUGUACUUAUCAAAUGUGGAACAAAUUUGCCGGCGAUUUAUUGAUGAAAGAAGAAGCAAGCUUUGCAGAUUAAUUGAGGAUAGACUGAGAUGGUCCAGUUUCAAUGCAUUCUGGCUAGGCAUGGAUCCAAGUAUGCGGCGGAGCAUGACAAGGGAAAAGACUGACACCAUAUUGAAAGUUCUAGUGAAACAUUUUUUCAUAGAAAAGGAAGUUACAUCAACCUUAGUAAUGGACUCGCUGUAUACCGGACUGAAGGCUCUGGAAUAUAAGAGCAAGAACCAAGUGGGGUUGUCCAAAUUAACAGAGACAGAUGCUCGAAGCACUUCUAUGGUGCUUGUGGAGCAGGAUAUGUUUGUUUUGGCAGAUGAUGUGUCAAUUUUGCUUGAAAGAGCUACAUUAGACACACUGCCACACCAGCAAUUGCCUACCAAGGAUGAAAAAGCUUCACAGAACCGCACAAAGGAAAGCAGCUCAGGUGAUGACUUCAACAAAGACUCUAUUGAGCGCGAUGACAGACGACUUAUAGAGCUCGGCUGGAAGACACUAGAAUCUUUUGCCCUGGCUCAUAUAUUCAGUCGAAUUGAAGUGGCAUACCAAGAGGCCGUGGCCUUGAAGCGCCAAGAAGAGCUCAUUCGUGAAGAAGAAGCUGCUGGGCUUGCAGAAAUCCAACUUAAGGCAAAGCGUAGUGCUGCUGAGAAGGAAAAACGUAUCAGGAAAAAGCAGGCCAAACAAAAGAAAAACAAUCGGAAAAAUAAUAAAGGGAAAAAUGAAAGGGUUGACAUGAAGGAAGUAGCUCUAGAGGGCAGUCCAUCAGAUGAUAGAAACCCUGAUGAUUUGUCAAGUCAAGCUGAAGAAGUGACCUCAAAUCCUGACAAUCCUGACGAAGCAUCUGAUAUCUCUGAUAACAGAGAUGAUAAUUCUGAGGUGCUUAAUGUUGAUCUUGAAGACCGUGAAUCCAGUCCUGUUAAUUGGGAAACAGAUGCUUCAGAAACUCGAGGCACUGUUCCUGAAGGUGGUGAUGUGCAAAAUGAGCAAUCAGGAAAGAGGACUUCAUUUGUUGAUGAUAGCUCGUCUACUUGUUCAUCUGACUCGGUUCCUUCAGUUAUCUUGAAUGGGUUGAAUACAGGUGGUGCCUGGACAAAUGUCAAAUCCUCAUCCAAUAGAGGGAACAACCGGAGGAAUAAGGACAUUGAUUUGCGAACAGGACAUGCACAUGGUGGAUCAAAUCCAGCACCCAAUGGCAGUUAUGGAUCUAGCAACUCAAAGGACAUGAGACUUGAAGCUGGGGAUGACAAAGUUGUGUCACAGAAGAAGCAAACUGCACAGCGGCAUGUUGAUGUUACGAGCCCCUCCAAGUUAAGAAUGCCAGAGUCUUCCAUUCCUUCUGUGAGCCCUGUUAAGAAACAACCUAUGUUCUCCCAGCAGCCAAAAUCUUCACUAGAAAGCACCAACAAUCCGAGUUCCCGUGCAACUGAAGUUUCAGCUGCUGCAACUAGUACUGCCACUACCAGAACGGGUGUGGCUUCUGCCCCAACUGUUCAGCUAGUUCCAAAUAAAGGACCUCUGUCUGUUCCUCCAACUCAUAAUGAGAGGCCAGUUCCAGUAGCAAGUAGACCUCUGCAGGUACCUGUAACCACCAAAUCUGAACCUCAGAAGCCAACUUAUGUAGUAAAUAGCUCCAGUGCAACCAAGGUCAUUACAGUUUCAAGGCCCUUGAGUGCCCCGCAAGUCCCUGCAGCCAAACAAGUACCACCUGCUGUUUCAACAGUUCAGACUGCACCAGUUCUUUUUCGUUCGAGGAGUGCAGUUGGACGGUUGGGCAAUGAGCCCUCUGCCAGUGCUCCUAGCUACAUUCCCCGGUCAUACCGUAAUGCCAUGAUGGAGAAAAGUUCUGUUGGAGCAAGCGGUCUCACUCAUCAGACUAGUUCAUCAGGGCAAGGAGUUACACAUUCACAAUCAAUGUUUGCAUCAUCACCUUCCAUUCUGUCACCAGAUAACUCUGCUAGGACAGAAAAGUCAUCAUUGGAACCUGGAUUUACGUUUGGAACGGUGAAGCCUGAGUCACUCAAUCAGUACCAGUGGAGAGAAGUGAGCUCACAACAGGCAAGCUGCAGCAGCAGCAGCAGUAAUGAUCAUGGUCUACUGCGUUCAAGUAUGGGCAAUGAAUCUGAUCAUCUCAACUUGAAUGGAAGACCAAGAAGCAAGCAGCUGUUGUCCGAAAUUUCUACCAGAUUCACUCCUUACCAACCACAAGGCCUGGUGGGCGAUGAGUUUCCGCACCUUGACAUCAUCAAUGACUUGCUGGACGAGGAGCUCAGCGACAGAAGAAAGGUUCUACAACCGGGGUUUGUUCGGCAGUUCUCUAUGCCCAAUAAUGUUCCCAAUAAUGCCAGCACACCUGAUUAUGGCAUGUUUAGUGAUCCGUACCUGUUUGAGCAGUCGGAGCAAUACUAUGAUGAGGAGCUUGCACCGUACUACAGUGAUAUGAACGGUGGCCCUCAAGGGCUUAGGGACAGGAGUUAUUCACAGUUUGAUCUCCCCUCAUACUCCAACAGCCAAUUUGAUGAUAUGGUGAUGGGCCAGUGGCCAUACAGCCGCGCCGACAACUCCAUGCCAAACUUUGGGGCAGACAUCAAUGCCUACCCCUAUCAGUCCAGGGAUUACCAGGCGACCUCAGCGAACGCAGCAAGCCGCUAUCCAUCCUAUCACCCUGGGAAUGGGCAUUGAGCCCUUUCAGAGAUGAAUAAUGAUUGCAACCGUAAUAAAUGCGAUGUUGUAGUCCAUGCUGUUUGCUUCUGAGCCGAGUGUAAUUGUAAUCCUUCCAUAGAGCUAGUGGUCUUUUACAGAAAUGCUUCUCAGUUCCUUAAUAGCUAUGUUUCUUUGCUUGAUAUAUUUCAGUCAGUUUUGCCCUGUGCCUGGUAAAGAAUAUCAAAUCAGUUACAUGCAUACAUAGUUACAUA